CCCAAACCCCCAAACCCCUGCCUGCUUCGAUGCCAUCCCUCCCCUCCCCUUUCGCCGCCGGCGACUGCCCCGCCGAUAAAUUCGACCCCGACUACCUCUACUUCCUCCGCCACCUUCGCCCCGACGGCGACUCCUACAUCCUCGAGCUCCCGCCCGGCGGCGCCUCCCCUGCCUCCGUCAUCAAGUACGAGUCGCCCAUCGCCAACUCCGACGGCGAAUGCGUCUCCGACCCGUCCCCGGGCCGCGGGAGCACCAACCGCCGGACAGAACAGAGGGACUCGUCGGUCGACGCGCCCCCCUCGUGGCUCGAUUCCCUCGUCGACAUCGACGAGGAUUACCGCGUUUUCCUGCAGCACACGCGCGUGGUGAACAACCGCCUGAGGCUCGAGAUCGGCGGCGUCGUCGUGGACUACGAGCCGGACCCUGACGCGGCGCAAUCUGGAGGCAGCAGCGGGAUCGAGGAGCAAUCGGAGAAAGAGGCGGCCGUUGAUUCCUCUAGGGAACAGGGGAAGGGGAUAGAUUCAGACGAGCCGGUGGUGAUUGUUCCGGAGCGGAACGUGUGCGAUUGGCGUGCGGAUCCAGCGCCUGGGCAAAGGGUGGAGGGUCAGCGAGCUGCAGGACACCACGAUGCUGAGCCUCGAGCUGCUUCGUCGCAUAGAUCACAAGGUGUUAUAUGGCCUCCACAUAUCAACCUGAGGCCAGAUUCAUACUUCAAGCGAAGAUUGAUGGAUGCUCUUCAGAAGCCAUUUAGCCGGAAAGAGUACCUUCACCUGUUUGAUAUGGCUUCUAUCCGUACUCCUUUAGUCAAGUUGCGACAGGUUCGCAAUGAUGAAAAAUUCUACCCUACUGACGACAGGGGCAAGUCAUACUUUGACCAUUACCCAGAUCUUGUUGAACAAGUUAUAAACACUAACUAUUCCAAUGGUUUAGCUCUGAUGCGGGGGUUUUUCUUCUGGUUGCAGAAUAGUGCACACGAGGAUCAAUUCAGUCCUUGGGUAGAUGAUCUGAAAGAGGUUAUUCCAUUGAUGGACUGAGGUUGCUCAUAUCCAUAGUUCACUCGUCUUCUCUUUAUGGAGACAAUUCUUUAAGGGUGACAAACGGUUCUCAGUAGAGAAUAUUGUUUUUUCUUACCAUUUUAUUGAUGGAAUGUGCGAAUAAGAAUUGGAACUCUUUCUCUCUCUUGGGAAAAUAAAUGUAUAUAUUGCUCGAA